UGGCCCUCCCCUCCCCGCCCCAGCCCAGCGAUGCGGGCCGGGCUCCUCGGCGCAGGUACCAUUUGGAUAGUACUUUAGCGGCACAAUGUACUCUGAGUGGCGGUCACUUCAUUUGGUUAUUCAGAAUGAUCAGGGUCACACUAGUGUACUUCACAGCUUCCCUGAUAGUGUUGGACGAGAUGUUGCAAAUGCAGUAGUACGUCCUCUUGGACAAGCCUUAAAUGCCUCUUCAGGGGCUGGAAGUGAAAGUUUGUUAAAAACAGACAAAGAAGUAAAAUGGACCAUGGAAGUGAUUUGCUAUGGACUGACCCUUCCAUUGGAUGGAGAUACUGUAAAAUAUUGUGUGGAUGUGUAUACAGAUUGGAUUAUGGCCCUAGUAUUACCAAAAGACUCCAUUCCAUUGCCAGUCAUCAAAGAACCCAACCUAUAUGUUCAAACUAUUUUAAAACACCUGCAAAAUCUUUUUGUACCAAGGCAGGAACAGGGCUCCAAUCAGAUUAGACUAUGCUUACAGGUUUUGAGAGCCAUCCAGAAACUAGCCCGUGAGUCAACCAUCAUGGCACGAGAAACAUGGGAAGUUUUAUUGUUAUUUCUCCUGCAGAUUAAUGACAUUCUUCUGGCAAUGCCAACUGUUCAAGGUGGCAUUGCUGAGAAUCUAGCAGAGAAGUUGAUUGGUGUUCUCUUUGAGGUCUGGUUACUAGCUUGUACUCGUUGUUUCCCAACCCCACCCUACUGGAAAACUGCCAAGGAGAUGGUGGCCAACUGGAGGCAUCACCCAGCUGUGGUGGAGCAGUGGAGCAAAGCUAUUUGUGCACUCACUUCUAGGUUACUACGUUUUACAUAUGGUCCUUCAUUUCCUCAAUUUAAAGUUCCUGAUGAAGAUGCCAGUCUUAUCCCUCCUGAAAUGGAUAAUGACUGCAUUGCACAGACAUGGUUUCGCUUUUUACAUAUGUUAAGUAAUCCCGUGGAUUUGAGUAAUCCAGCCAUUAUAAGCUCUACUCCCAAAUUUCAGGAACAGUUCCUGAAUGUGAGUGGAAUGACACAAGAAUUGAAUCAAUAUCCCUGCCUUAAACAUCUGCCUCAUAUAUUUUUUCGUGCUAUGCGUGGAAUCAGCUGCUUGGUGGAUGCAUUCCUAGGUAUUUCUCGACCUAGAAGUGACAGUGCCCCACCAACACCAGUGAACAGGUUAAACAUGCCCCAGAGCACUGCCAGCAGCACAACUCCCCCUCAUAAUCGAAGGCAUCGAACCGUUACUGUGAAUAAGGCAACCGUGAAGACUAGCACAGCUAACAUUGGGCAUCCCUCUAAAGUCUCGCACCAGACGUCUUCCACUUCUCCACUCUCCAGUCCCAACCAGACUAGCUCAGAGCCUCGACCGCUGCCUGCCCCAAGAAGACCAAAAGUGAAUAGCAUCUUGAAUCUCUUUGGAUCAUGGUUAUUUGAUGCAUCAUUUGUUCAUUGUAAACUUCACAGUGGGCUAAAUAGAGACAGCAGCAUGACCGCUUUAACGACACAAGCUAGUGUGGAGUUUCGCCGGAAAGGGUCACAAAUGUCCACAGACACCAUGGCUUCCAAUCUCAUGUUUGAUGCAAGUGAAUUUCCUGAUAACUAUGAAGCAGGAAGAGCUGAGGCUUGUGGGACACUAUGUAGGAUUUUUUGUAGCAAGAAGACUGGAGAAGAAAUUCUGCCAGCUUAUUUAUCCAGAUUUUACAUGCUUUUAAUUCAAGGUUUGCAGAUAACUGAUUAUGUAUGCCACCCUGUCUUGGCCAGCAUUAUUCUAAACUCACCUCAUUUAUUCUGCUGUGAUCUGAAAGGGAUUGAUGUUGUGGUUCCUUACUUUAUUUCAGCUCUUGAAACCAUAUUGCCUGAUAGGGAACUCUCAAAAUUCAAAACCUAUGUAAACCCAACAGAGUUAAGAAGAGCCUCUAUUAAUAUUCUACUUUCCUUGUUACCACUCCCUCAUCAUUUUGGCAAUGUCAAAUCUGAGGUUGUUCUGGAAGGAAAGUUUAGUAAUGACGACAGCUCUUCAUAUGAUAAACCAAUAACUUUUCUGUCACUGAAAUUGAGGCUUGUGAAUAUACUAAUAGGUGCCUUGCAAACUGAAACGGACCCCAACAACACUCAGAUGAUAUUAGGUGCAAUGUUAAAUAUUGUUCAGGAUUCAGCACUUUUAGAAGCCAUUGGCUGUCAGAUGGAAAUGAAUGGUGAAGAAAACCUGAAAAGUCAUAGUCGUACUAAUAGUGGCAUUAGUUCAGCGAGUGGAGGAAGCACAGAACCUACAACCCCAGACAGUGAAAGACCUGCCCAGGCUCUUCUAAGAGAUUAUGCUCUUAAUACAGAUACAGCUGCUGGACUCCUGAUUCGCAGCAUUCACCUUGUAACCCAAAGACUCAAUUCUCAGUGGCGUCAGGACAUGAGUAUAUCAUUGGCUGCAUUAGAGCUUCUUUCUGGACUGGCAAAGGUGAAGGUGACAGUCGACUCAGCAGAUCAAAAGAGAGCCAUUAGCUCAGUGUGUAGUUACAUUGUGUACCAGUGCAGUCGGCCAGCCCCGCUGCACUCCAGAGAUCUUCACUCCAUGAUUGUUGCAGCUUUUCAGUGUCUUUGUGUCUGGCUGACAGAACACCCUGACAUGCUUGAUGAAAAGGAUUGCUUAAAAGAGGUACUAGAGAUUGUGGAAUUGGGUAUCUCAGGAAGCAAGUCCAGGAGUAGCGAACAAGAGGUCAAAUACAAAGGAGAUAAGGAGCCAAACCCUGCAUCUAUGAGGGUAAAGGAUGCAGCUGAAGCUACCCUUACAUGCAUCAUGCAGUUACUUGGUGCAUUCCCUUCACCUAGUGGUCCUGCAUCUUCUUGUAGCUUGGUGAAUGAAACUACUUUGAUUAAAUGCUCCAGGCUGCCUACUGUAAACAGACACAGUUUUCGAUACUUUGUCCUGGAUAAUAGUGUCAUCCUUGCAAUGCUGGAGCAACCCCUAGGGAAUGAACAGAAUGAUUUUUUUCCAUCUGUCACUGUUUUGGUCCGUGGAAUGUCUGGAAGACUUGCUUGGGCCCAGCAGCUUUCCCUUUUACCAAGAGGGGCAAAAGCAAAUCAGAAGCUUUUUGUGCCAGAACCUCGUCCACUUCCUAAAAAUGAUGUUGGAAUUAAAUACACAGUGAAGCAUCGACCAUUUCCUGAAGAGGUGGACAAAAUUCCUUUUGUAAAAGCAGACCUGAGCAUUCCUGACUUGCACGAAAUCGUAAAUGAGGAAUUAGAAGAGAGACAUGAAAAAUUGAGGAAUGGCAUGGCCCAGCAGAUCACUUAUGAAAUAUCCAUUGAGCAGCAAAGUGAAGAGGAGUGGCGGAAGAAAACUUUCCCUGACCCAGUUACUGACUGUAAACCCCCACCUCCUGCCCAGGAAUUCCAAACAGCACGCCUUUUUCUUUCACACUUUGGGUUUUUGUCAUUGGAGGCAUUAAAGGAACCUACAAAUAGUCGUCUACCUCCUCACCUUAUUGCGCUUGACUCAACCAUAUCUGGAUUUUUUGAUGACAUUGGCUAUUUGGAUCUCUUACCAUGUCGCCCCUUUGAUACGGUUUUUAUUUUCUACAUGAAAGCAUACCAGAAAACAAGUCAAGAGAUUCUGAAGAAUGCUGAGUCUUCCAAAAAUGUUCAGCCACAUUUCUUAGAAUUUUUGUUGUCUCUUGGCUGGUCAGUGGAUAUAGGGAAGCACGCUGGUUGGACUGGACAUGUUUCAACAAGUUGGUCUAUUAACACUCAUGGGGAUACCGAUAUAGCUGAACAAGAGGAAAUAGUUCCAUGUGAAGAUAUUGGAGCAAGUAUUUUCAAUGGACAGAAAAAGGUGUUGUAUUAUGCUGAUGCCCUUACAGAAAUGGCUUUUGUUGUUCCCUCACCUGUGGAAUCUUUAACUGAUUCAGUGGAAAGCAACAUCUCAGACCAAGAAAGUGAUUCAAAUAUGGAUCUUCUGCCUGGAAUACUAAAACAACCAUCACUUACACUUGAACUUUUCCCUAAUCAUACAGACAAUCUUAAUUCCUCACAGAAGUUAAGUCCUACUUCCCGCCUAAAGAAGUUGCCUCAGGGCCGAACUGUUCCACCAAUGGGACCAGAGACCAAGGUGUCUGUUGUCUGGGUUGAACGUUAUGAUGAUAUAGAAAACUUUCCCCUUUCUGACCUGAUGUCAGAGAUCAGCACUGGUGUAGAAACAACUCUGAACAGCAGCACUUCUCUGAGAUCAUCAGCCACCCUUGAAAAAGAAGUUCCUGUCAUUUUCAUCCACCCUCUAAAAACUGGAUUAUUCAGAAUAAAAAUUCAAGGAGCUACUGGAAAGUUUAACAUGGUCAUCCCACUGGUGGAUGGGAUGAUUGUCAGCAGGAGAGCACUUGGUUUCUUAGUAAGGCAGACUGUAAUAAAUAUUUGUAGAAGAAAGAGACUAGAAAGUGACUCCUACAAUCCUCCGCACGUGCGACGAAAACAGAAGAUUACAGAUAUUGUCAAUAAAUACAGAAAUAAGCAGUUAGAGCCAGAAUUUUAUACUUCACUUUUCCAGGAGGUUGGGCUCAAGAACUGCGAUUCUUAAACCAAGGUCCUCCAAAGACAGCUGUUAGAUCAGAGAUUGGUGGCUACCAGAGGAAACAAUGGAAAUAUGUUACUAGUAUUGACUGGAGAAGAAAAGUACCACCACCACCAAAAAAAAAAAGCUUAUCUUUCAAUCACCAAAACAGAAGAGACAUCAUUCUAAAUACAACUUAAGAAGAUUUUCUGCUUUCUGGUGAGAGGAGGUCUCCCAAACACAAUCAUAAACCCCUCAAUGGAGUGGUAUAAAUUUUAUCCAAUACAACUUUCUUUUUUAAAGUGACAGUUUUACUUAAAUAGUACAUUUCGGGAGAAACUGUAAACAGCUCUGAUAAAUGUGUUCAGCGAGAAAAGGGGAGAAGCACAUAAAGUGGUUUAUAAACUGGCAGUCGGAAAUAGUCUUACACAGCCCAUUUUUCCAGGAGAUUCAGUACCAAAUUGGUUCCUCUCCUAGAAUCUUGAAGGUCUGAUUCCCCAAAUCUGGAGAUGCUUGUGCUGGGGAGAAAAGCGAGAAGAAUUCUAGCCUCUUAUUCUGCCAUCAGCUUUACAAAAAGGAGAACCCAUAAAUAUCUCUUGUGCAGAUAUUUUUAAAGGUCUGACUUUCAAAUAUUCAUCUUCAUGUAUCAAAAAGAUAACAAAUAUGUCAGUGUCACCAUCAUUCUACUCAUUUAUACAGACCAUCUGUCUAAAAACAACCCCUAUUCACCACAGAAAGGAGUCUGUCAGGAGCACAUCCAGAGUGGAGUUCCGCCUCCUACAUUUCCCGGCAGCAUAGAGAAACAAGUGAAAAUUCAUCAUUCAGCUUGUGUCCAGUUCAGCACAGUAGAAGGAAAAGUGUUUGUAAAACACUGGGAGAGAAGAGUUGAAAUGUUACAAAAUUACUUAGUGGUUUCAAUAAAUUUCAGCUCACAACUACUGUUGAAAAUUAUUUGGCUUUAUGUAUGAGCCGUUUUUAUGUCAGGACCCAACAGAAAAAUGUAUACUAUGAAUGUCUAAUUACGAAUUUUGAAAGUAUAAACUAAACUUCACUGAGUCAGUUUGUAUUGCAAAAAGUAAUUGCCUGUUAUCCAAGAACGUACUCAGCAUUAUUAACUACGUUAUUGAGUUCCUACAGAAAUUGUUUCAUUUGUCAUUUGUUUUGUGUUCUAGCUUUUGCUAAUCUGAAGAUAUGCUACACGUUAAAAUCCCUAUUGUGAUUUUAGACAUCCCUCUCCACCUGACUUUUACUGUUCUUCCUAUGAUGAAGGAUUUUAGGUGGAUUCAAAGUAUCCUUAUAGCGAUUCCUAGAGCAGGGUAAGACAGUAUUCUUCCUCUUUUCUUCCCUUUAUUAUUUAUUGGUGAUUAUUUUAUCUUCAGGUAUUUAAAUAACCAAUUCAAAUUCAGAGAAAAUUGAUCACACUACUUUCCGUUGAAUUUGUUCACUUUUACACGAAGCAUAGUCAGUAGAUACAGUGUUCUGUUUGGUUUUAUGUCUAGUUUAGUUUUUAACCACCCACACCUUCCCCUGCUCAGGUUCACUUCAUCUUAUUCAGUAAAGUAUGCAGUUUGCCAUCUGUAGGCAGAAAUGUGAAUCUGAUAGCUUUUGUUUCCAAGUUUGCUCUGCAGUGUUUUGUUUUUUAAACUCUUCCUUUGCAUCCAGGUCAUUUCUUUUUACUAACCCAGCCUCCCCCCACUAGUAUAAUACAAUUUUAAAGACUGUUUCCUUUCAAGCCAAGCUAGAAUUAGACAUUUCCAAAUUGCUCAUAUAGCAAGGGAAACAUAAUGUUUGUUCAGCCAUAAAAAUUAAUUGCCUGUUUGUGUGAAAUCUUGACAGGACAUCAGGGGUUUGCACAUUGCAAGGAAAAACUGGCAUUAUCUUUCAGUUUAAUCAGUCAAGAAGACUGUAGCACUGUCUUAGAACUUUUGAAAUCCUAAAAUUUAAAGGUAAUUGAUUAAUGUCAUUCUUACCCAAUAUUCUUCAAAUAAAACUUAAUUUUUGCAAAAGUGCUAAUGUCAGGAAAGUCUGUAUUCAUGAAAAAGAAAAUGUUCCUGACUCCACUUCUUUUUACUAGCAUUUCUACAUAAUUUCCCUCUCAAAUAAAUGAAUAAGCCAUGGAGAAUGUCAUGUUUGUGGAAAAGGAGUAUUGUAUGCAUGCUGUUAGUGGAAAGAAAACAGUGGGGCUCAGUAACCCCCCUGAAAAUCUAAAAACCCAAAAUCUGCAUCAUAAGCAAAAACAGAAGUGAAUUCUGCCUUAGUCCCUAGAGGUCUGAUAAAAGUAACUGUUGUAGCCAUAGGGGAACUUUUUGAUCAAAAUUGCUGGACUUCAGCACAGUGUUGGUUGGAGUGUAUGAUCACUACACUCACCCACUGUCUUUACUAUAUACAAAUCACUCUGGUUAAUAUGGCCUGUGAGAAGCAUAUUUAGUCCACUGAUUAAAUGGCAUGGCGAGUGCAUGUGCUCAGUUGUCACAUAAAAGUCUUUACUAUUCCACAUAAUUGAAUUUUUCUGCAUAUGCUCAAUAACUACUUUUGGACAUCAAAAGCUCCUUUAGUUUACUUCAUCUAUAAUAUAUUUGUCUUAAAAAUAUAUUUAGUCACCAUAUGUGACUUUGCUACAGGUAGCUAAUGGACUGUUUGGCUUACCCUGGAGGAUGAGUGCGUUCCAUGAACAUAACGGUAGAGUUACAAAAUUUCAGUUCUAAGGACAACGUCUGUAGCACAUGUUCAUGUAUGUACGUACACACACACACACACACACACACUCUCACCCACUCACUUUUCUGAAGGUAAAUUACUAUUAAGAUGUCUUUUGGAAUAAACUUACAAGUUUAUUGCAGCAGUUUAUUCAGUAGCUAUGAAGAUGAGUAGGGAUGACUGGUCAGUUUUCCCAUACUUUAACACCUCUCUUGGCUACUUAUCCUCUUGGUCUAUUUUAUUUGUUCUUUCCUUCCUUUACCAUUCCUACAGUAGACAGUAUAAUUUUUGACAUUUUUCUUUCGCCUCUCCUUUUAGCAUUUUCUAUUCUGAGGAGUUGUGUCCAUCCCUCUCCUCUACCAAUACCCUUUCAAGAAAUGCAAAGUAGUUAAUAAUGGUAAAUAAUAUGUGUUGGCUGUAGGAUACGAGGCCUUCACAAACUGUUACCUCUUUGCACUUGUUGGGAAGUACUUGCUGUUUUUCAAGUACCCAAAUGCAUCAGUAUAACUUAAUAUUAUUGGGAGGUUAAAUUUUACUCAGAAUGGUGAGUACAACUGACCUGGAUGGCAGAUUAUGUAAUUUUGUGAUGUCAGAAAAUUUGACAUUACUUACCUAUCUGGCAAUUAAAUUUUUCUAUUUAAAAACAAUUUCAAGUCUCAUUUAAGCACUGGAUUAUAUCUUCCUAAAAGUAUUGUUUUGUGCAUUUAAACCAUCUUAAAUGCUUUCUAUAUUUAGAGAGCUGCUACAAAGACAAAUCUUAGGAAAUAUCACUCGUAUAACAUUGAAUCAAACAGUUUCUCAGCAGAUGAGUAUGUCUGCUUCACAUAUAAUAGUCACUCUCCCAACUUGUGUCCCUGAACUAAUUUUCUUUAUUAAAUGGUAAGAAAAAAGGGUGUCAUUUGAAAUUUCACAUUUCAAGACUUUCUCUAGAAGUGAAUGGAGGGCAUCUUUCUCAGGCUUUGUAGUUGUGGCUGGCAGCAAGCAGUAGCUAUUAUUUGCUUGAAAUCACAAUACAAUUUGUAUGAACUUCUGUAUGUUGCCAAGACAUGAUCUUUUUGUUGUUAUUGUAUUUUCUGUAAAUAUUUCUGGCACUAAGUUGUAAAGUAAAGACAACAUGUAAAUAUGAAGAUGUGAACUCUGUUCCCUCCUCUCUAGUAUUUUAUCUCUUUGUUAGAGAAGGCACAGAAGCUUGUUUGUAUUUAUGCCGAUUCUUUGUCCAGAAGAAACACAUGGAAUACUGAAUGUAACACAUUUAGUCAAUUAAAUUUUAAGCAGAUUCUUAUCUAA